AUGCCGGUGAUCAUCCUGCAGGGCAUCUUUGGGACCAUCCCCUCGGCAGCUCAGAGCUUCACUACUAUGUACUUGCAGUGGGCAUUGGAGGAGCUGGGCUCAGAUGCGCGGCUGUGGCACCUCAAGACGCUGGCAAGGUCCCAAUGCCAGCGCUCGGUAAUCCAGGAUGGGGUGAAGUUCUACUCGGGUGUUGGCUCCCCGGUACGCUGGACGGUGCUGGCCGGUGUACUGCGCAGCAAGCUGGCAGGCUUGGGCUGGCGCCACGGCUGGCGUCGCUUGGGUGGCCUGGCGCUGCAGCACCACCUCUGCCGCAGGUCCAAGACGUCGCAGCAGGAUUGCGUGGCCAACGCCGAGACUUGCCCUGUAGGGGUGGUCGCGGACCACGUGCUGAUGCUGCUCAGCCACCCAGAAAGCUAUGCCAUGGACCUUCGCCUAAUCGAUGCCCACGAGACGGUGCACCGCUGGGAGAUCCUGGGGGCUUCGCUGGGCUAUUACAUCUGGAACCUGCCUGGCUUUCGGCUGCUGGACGUGCUGUACAGCGGGUGGCCUCUCUUCGCGCUGCUGCGCGCGCUGCGCCCCCGGCUGGCACGGCUGGUAAACUUUCGCGGAGCGCCCCAUGCGACUCCAGAGGCUUUGGACCUUGCAGCGCGUUUGAAGAAGGCGAAGGAGGCCCGAGACACUGGCCAGCGUCGCCUAUCCAGGCUAGAUGCGGACUAUAUCUCUGCGGUGUCCUUGUGCCAGAUCCUGGAAUCCCAUGGCAUGGACAAGUGGACCGGGUGCCCUUUAACCUCAGCCCACGAGGCGCUUGAGACAGCACUGGCAACAGCCUCGGACUUGAAGGAGAUGGAACGGCAUGUGGAGAGAGCCGAGGAGCACCUGAGGAAGUUCUUGUGGUGGCUGCAAGCUCCCGGGGAGGCGUGGAAGGCGCCGGGGGCGCGCAUCGCGACCCUCAUGUUCAUCGCGGCGGACUGCAUGCUGCCGCUCCUGGCGCGCUUGCAGAAGCGCCUGGAGCACCUCGUGGAGCUGAAGCGGCCGACGCCGGCAGGGGCCAUGUGCCCUGCCUUGGAGCUUCCGGAGCAGGGCGUGUUGAUGGCAGAAGCCGCCUACGCCGCAGACUUCCACCAGGCGAUGGAGGAGAUGGUCCCAGAGUUCGGCUCUCGCCCCGUGGACCUGGAGACAUCUGCGAACCAGUCGUCCAAAGAGGCCUGGGUCACCUUCCUGUGGGGCGGCACCAGCGCUGGUGCCAAACGAGCUGCGGAGUUGAACUCCGAGGUGAUACGGACGAUGGUGCAUUCUGUCCGGAAGUGGGAGACGCAUCGCCGGGCCUUCCUGGUGCUGGCGGUGGGGUCUCUGCCCGCGCGCGUCGCCGCGGAGCUGCGGCGGGCCGACCUUAAAGUCCGCACCAUUCGUGAGAACGAGACCAUUCCGAUCUGGCGCGCGGAGUUCGUGAAGAAGCCCGAGGGCUUGGGGGACUGGUUCACGGACCGGAACCUCACCCGCACCUUUGCCCAGCUGGCCGCGUGGGCCCUGAAGGACUUUGAGCGGGUGGUGGUUUUGGAUGCUGACACCCUGGUGGUGCAGAGGUGUGAGGAGCUGUUCCGUCUCCCCAUGCACUUCGCAGCCUCCCUGGAGACCCACCGCGAUCAGGAGACUUUUUCUCGGCUGCAAAGUCUUGGCCGCACAUACCUGGUGAAUGCGGGGGUGAUGGUGAUCAGGCCAAAUCUUCACUUGCUGCGGCGCAUCCGGCGCGGAGCAGACUUCCCAGCCUUUCGGUACCAUGCGGAGAAGAUUGGGGUCAUGGGUGAGGCGACCUUCCAGUCCCUCAUCGACACCUACCUCACCACGGAGAACUACUGGCGCCUUGGAGUGGUGCUCUGGGACCAAGCGGGCCGCUUCGACGGGUGCAGGGCAGGCCUGGGGUCUUCGCAGGUGGUGUCUGCGUGGAUGGCCCAUGGCCGGGUGCACUGCCUCCUGCCGAUUGACUACAACUUCUGUGCAGACUUUCCGCAUGUUUUCUUUGCGUCCUAUGACUACUUGGCACAAGCAAAGGCGGACGCUCCAAAGCAGCCGGCCCGGCACCUGCGGGCAGAGCUGAUCCGGAAGACCCUGCGCCUCUACUGGAGCUCAGGUCUGCUGCGGGGCCUUCCCAAGAUCCUGCACUUUCCCGGGCACCUGCGGAAGCCUUGGCAGCGCUGGCUGCCGGCUGCCCGCAGCCCCUGGGACGAGGCGUGGUGGUCAGCCCACGCGGAGAUGUGCCGCAGCAGCCCUACACCCUGCCGCCUGCGCUGCUGA